CCUCUUACACACACAUCGAGAAACAAAAAGGAAAGAAAAUAAGAGAGCGCCAAAACAUUUUCUUGGUCUUUGGAGCCAUAUUAUAAAAAAACCCGAACCGAAUAGAACCACCCAUGUUAUUCGGAUCGUACGAAUCAAUCAACACCAUCCAUUUCACAGUUCAACGGCUGUGAUGAGUCGGCGUAGUGGUUACCUUAUUUUCUUCUUCAGAGUGGUUUUAAUCAUAAACCCUAGCCCCCAUGAUAAAGAUAGAUAGAUGAUAGCUUCACUCUCUUUCUCUCUCAGUCACUCUCUGCAACAAAAACAACAACAGCAAGAUUUACGUGAAUCGCCUUUAACUCUCUCACUCGGGUCUUCUCUCUUUCUCUCUCUUAUCUCCUUGAGAGAGAAAAAAGAAAAACAAACAAACAAAAAGGAUAUGAACCCUUUCUUUCUCUCUUCGUAAAGAGUUAGUUUUAUAUAUCCAGAUCUUAGUUUUCUAGAUUUCUCUCUCUUUAUGGUUUUUGGUUUCUGGGUUUUUAUGGGCUUUAUCGUAAGCUUGACUGUUUCUUUUUAUUGUUGUAUGGGUCUGAAUCAUCCGAGUCGUGUAACGGUUCUUUCUCUAUAACUCGGUGAGUCUCUGUUUUAGAUCUAAACACAUGGCGUGUUCUUGAGCGAUUCUUCUGUUUCCUGAACGAUUCUUGUGUAUUAAACGCGGGGUUAUCGGUAUUAAACUCGUUGACCCGGUGUUAUUAUUGAGUGAUACAUAUUGUUGAGUUCACUCGGAGUGUAACUCGGAGACUCAGUGAGUCGAGGAGCGGUAAGAAGAUCGAGUCAAGAAUCGGUUUGAGCAGUAACCGAACGGCAAUAAUGCCGUCGGUGGGGAUGCGUCGUAGCACUAGGGUGUUUGGGGUGGUAAAAGGGGUUGAUGGGGCCCGGGUUUUGCGGUCCGGGCGAAGACUCUUGAUAGGAGCAGGUGAGAACAAGUUCAAGAGAGCUAAUGAUGGAGAUGAGUGGUUACACACUAUGAUCAAGAAUCAUCAUCAUAACCAUAACAAUAGCCCUAUAAUGAAGUGCAACAAGGAAAAUGGAUGGACCCAAACGCAAACCCAUGUUUCCAAAUUAAAGAAAGAAAGGCCUAGUCCCGUUGCUCUUGGUGUUGGUGCUGGUGCUGGGAAUGAAGUGGCAAAGAAAGUGAAUGAUAGUGGAAACAAGAUGUGGGGUAUUGUGUAUAGUAGAAAAAGGAGGAGAAUGUCUGGUAUCGACAAGCUAGAAAUUUUGGGCCGCAAUAAGAAGUUUGGGAUUCAGUUUUCACGCAGGCAGAGGAGGAGGGUGUUGAAGGAUAAUGAAGUCGAAUCUUUUGAGCCUGCACUUCUUGGUAUCAUUGUUGAUGGUUCUUGUAGUAGUAGUGGAUUAGCUGCUUCUUUUUUGCAUUUGGUUUUGGGUUAUAUUAGGAGGACUAAUUUAAGUAUUGCUGAGCUUGUGCCUUUCUUGUUGUCCGAGUCUGUUAAAUGUGCCUUCGCUUCCGAUGGGCUUCGUUUUUUGCAGGACACCACUGCUAAUAGAAAUGGAAUUUGCAAGAUUUUUGGGGGCAUGAGUACUGUGCCUAUAUUUUCUUUGGAUUUUUCUGCAGUUCCUUUCUGUUUUCUGUGUAUGCAUCUUAGGUUGGCUUUUAGAGUUAAGUGUCUGUCUUUUGAACCUGUAAAUAACUCACUGGAUGAGGACUCAUCUCAAGAAGUAAUUAGUGAAAGUGAAGAAGACCAUUCGUGUGGCCUUGUGAGGACUGACACUUUUUUAUUAACUGAUAAUUCUGGGGGUAAGGUUUCCUUGCAUCCGUCUCUGAUAGCCUCCAAAUUAGCUGGUCGGCACAGUCAGUACAGAAAUGUCUUAAACUCCCGUGGUAUCCAAAAGAGGAGGAGUGCGUUUAGGAGGAGAAGAGCUAGAAAUCCUUCGGGUGUUGGCAUACACAAAGCAAAUGGGGCUUUAGUUUCUGAUUUAAUUAGCAGUAGGAAAAAUGGCAUCCCUUUUUCUACUGUAGUGUCCAAGGACAAGCUUAGGAGAUCACUCCGGCUUACCCCUGCUGCAAACCUCAAGGAGGUAAAUCCUACUGCAGUUCAAACCAGUCGUGUCAUGGACUCAUCAAGCUGCUCUGCAAAUCUCCUAGUUAUUGAAUCAGAUAGAUGUUACAGGAUGGUAGGAGCCACUGUCGCAUUAGAAAUCUCUGAUCUAAAGGAGUGGGUUCUUGUAGUCAAGAAGGAUGGGUUGACCAGAUGCACACACUUGGCACAAAAGAGCAUGCGACCCUGUUCUUCCAAUCGAAUCACUCAUGAUGUAAUAUGGACUGGGGAUGAUAGUUGGAAACUAGAGUUUCCUAAUCGACAGGACUGGCUAAUUUUCAAGGAUCUUUACAAGGAAUGUUACGAUCGCAAUGUGCCUGCUCCUAUUUCUAAAGCUAUCCCUGUUCCUGGGGUGCGUGAAGUUUUAGGAUAUGAAGAUAGCAGCAGUUUGCCCUUUUCUAGACAGGACGCAUACAUUUCUUUUAACAAUGAUGAGGUAGUUAGAGCUUUAACAAAAAGAACUGCAAAUUAUGAUAUGGAUUGUGAAGAUGAGGAAUGGCUGAAGAAGUUCAAUAGUGAAUUCUUUGUUGAAUCUGAAGAACAAGAACAUCUUUCAGAGGAGAAGUUUGAGUUAAUGAUUGAUACUUUGGAGAGGGCUUUUUAUAGCAGUCCAGAUGAUUUUGUUGAUGGGAGAGCAGCUGUAAAUUUUUGUAUAGACUUGGGUAGGAGGGAAGUAGUUGAAGCUGUCUAUGGUUAUUGGAUGAAAAAACAGAAGCAGAGACGAUCGGCGCUGCUUAGGGUUUUUCAGUUGCAUCAAGGAAAGAAAGCUUCACUAAUUCCGAAACCUGGUCUACGUAAGAGAAGGUCAUUUAAGCGACAGGCCAGCCAAUUUGGAAGAGGCAAGAAACCUAGCCUUCUGCAAGCAAUGGCUGCAGAACACGAUGCUUUGGAAGAACAGAAUGCCAUGCGUAAUUUAGAAGCUGCUAAAGCUUCAGCAAAGAGUUCGGUGGAAUCAGCUAUUCUGAAACGGCGUCGAGCGCAGAUGCUUAUGGAGAAUGCUGAUUUGGCAGUUUACAAAGCUGCAAUGGCACUAAGAAUUGCUGAAGCUGCACGGACACCCAAUUCAACAGUGACUGCUGAGAUACAGUUCUUGGAUUGAAGGGUGCAGGAAUAUGUGAUGGUUCUGUAAAAAGCCAAUCAAUAUUAGCAGAAGCAUUACCAGAAAAUUUUUUGGCUCUCUUUUGAAGCUCUGGAGAAGAACCUUUUACAGAAAGUAUUGUAAUUUUGUAUAGAUUUUUGAUUGAAUGUAAAUUCUGUAUUAUUAUAACCUCACACCAAAUGGCUGAUUUCCUUGCUGGAAAAAAAAAGUGAAAAUUAUAGUAAACUUUUUUUGCCUUGCCUGGUA